UGUAUAGAAAACGUUUACAAAACAUAAAUAGGAAUUAAAGUAAAGGCCGGCAUUUAUUCACUUGUAUUAAGUUCUAAAAUUAUAUAUUUAUUCUUAAAAAAUAUUUAAAGUAAUAACAAAUAAUGCCUACUUGGAAUCAAAUUCAGUCUCAACUAAGGCAUCCCAAUAAUCCAGUGGUAUUUUUCGAUGUUUCUGUGGGAACUACAGAAAUAGGACGAAUGAUUUUUGAAUUAUUUGCUGAUACCGUUCCCAAAACAGCUGAAAAUUUCCGUCAAUUCUGUACGGGUGAAUACCAACCAGAUGGCGUACCAUUAGGUUAUAAGGGAGCUAGUUUUCAUCGUGUUAUAAAAGAUUUUAUGAUACAAGGUGGUGAUUUUGUGCACGGUGAUGGCACUGGGGUUAUGAGCAUUUAUGGCAAUACUUUUGCCGAUGAAAAUUUCACUCUGAAACAUGACUCGCCUGGCCUUUUGUCGAUGGCCAAUAGUGGCAAAGACACAAAUGGUUGUCAGUUUUUUAUAACCUGCGCUAAAUGUAAUUUCUUGGAUGGCAAACAUGUUGUGUUCGGUAGAGUUUUAGAUGGUCUAUUGAUAAUGCGCAAAAUUGAAAACGUUCCAACGGGUCCAAAUAAUAAACCAAAAUUGCCAGUUUUAAUAUCACAAUGUGGACAAAUGUAAAUUAUAUGUACAUAAAAUACUAUGACACUAAUAAAUUGUAUAUUUUCAUAAAUAAAAUUUAAUAUCAAA